AUGGCUUCUUUCCCCAUAAUGUACCCCCUUCGCGCGGUUCAGGCCGUUUUCGCGCUGAUUGUUCUGGCUCUGACAGGACAUGUCAUCAACCAGGCACGGGGUGGGGCAGACACUAUUAACUUCAUGUUAUUCAACGGCAUUUGGACUCUGUUCAUUGUAGUCCCCUAUUUUAUUGUGGCGCCCAUGUUCCUCCCUGUCGUUGCGCAUCGUUACGCUGUCGCGGCUGUGGAUGGAGUCACCAUGAUCUUCUGGUUCGCUGGUUUCAUUGCUCUGGCCACUGAUCUUCCUGCUGCGUCUACUUGUGGGCAUUAUGGGCUUUGCCAGGAGCUGCAGGCGGCCGUAGCGUUUGGCGCACUUGACUGGGCUCUCUUCGUGGGUACCCUUGUACUGUCAAUCAUGGCUGCUCUCCGAAAGGGACCCAGCUCUGAGCCUCAGCCUCCGACCACUGUGGUGCCUUGA